AUGUCGAAGGAAUCAUUUGAAGAUUUGUUACAGCUUAUUGGACCCAUAAUUUAUAAGCAAAACACAAAUAUGAGGGAAUCAAUUUCAGUAACAACACAACUUUUAAUAACAUUACGUUUUCUUGCAACUGGAAACACCUACACAGACUUAUCUUAUGGAUUUCGUGUUUCAGUGCCUGCAAUAUGUGAUAUAAUUCCCGAAACCGCAAAAGCAAUAUAUAAUGCUUUACAUAAUAAAUACUUAAAAGUUCCUAAAACUACUUCAGAGUGGAAAAUAAUUGCUGAAAACUUUUACCACAAGUGGAAUUUUCCAAUGUGUCUGGGUGCAAUUGAUGGCAAACACAUAGCAUUUAGACCAAAAUUGGCAGAUGGUUCCUACUAUUACAACUACAAAGGAUUUAAUAGCAUUAUAUUGAUGGCGGUUAUAGGUUUAUUAUGA